AUGAAUCUAAAGGAUCAAUGUGAAGUAAUACAACAAGAAAGAAUAAACCUACAACAACUAUUCAAGAAACAAUCAAAGUUAAAGAAGAUUGAUGAAACGAUAUUUAGAAGUGUGUGGAAGAAUGUAGUCAUAAGAAGAUUGAUUUGUACAAUGAUUGGUGAAUUUAUACCUGUGUCGGCAGAGAAGAGGAUUAAACUAAAGGAUCAUUAUGCCAAACAGAUAGAACAGUACAAAGAGAGCCCUCAAUCAUUUUGGGUUCAAGGUAAUAGGCAGUUUUACGAGUGUCCAGUACUCACUGCCUCACUCUUUCAAUACCACUAUGACAAUGUUAAAUCGGAUAUGGAAUGUGCUAUUGCUUUGGUAUCUGGUAAUCCUCGUAAUGCAGUAGACACUUGGUUGUUUCGUAGCGUAUGUGAUUAUAUGAAGCGUUGUUAUCCAUCGGUCCUGACAAUGCCGUCUAUUCACACAUGGACCAAUAUAAUCAAAUCAAAUAAUGUCGAGUUGUACAACUAUGCCAAGACAGUGCUACUGAUGCCUGAAUUGACAGAGGAUCUUCAAAGAAUGGUGUCUCUUGCCACCGAUACCCACCUUUACCAUUGGGAGGUAUUCAAUAGUACGAAAGGUGCUAUCUCUCAAUCACGUGACACCAAGUUGUUGAAAGCAUUAUUAAUAGAUUUAAGAUUAAUCGACCCUUCUCUAGAGACACGGUGGUUAGAUCAAUGCGAUUAUAAAAAGUUGGUAGAGAGAGGAUCGAUUGGAAUAUUGGAGACGAUAGAAAAGUAUGCAGGUGAUUAUUACCAUCGCAAUGAAAUUGGUUUAAUGCAUCGAGCCAUUAAAGAGAAACAAAUCAAUUCGGUUCGAUUCCUAUACCAAGUCAAAAAGAUUCCAAUUGGAAUAGAUACAAUGAAGGAGAUUGCUAAUACUUGUCACCUACCAUUUGUCAUCGAGCUGCACAAUCUCGAGCCUGAUGCCGGACGUCUAUACACCCUCUUUAUUUAUGUCAUGAGUUCAAAAUUCAACAGACCGAGGGGAACAGGGGGCGACUGUUAUCGAGACUUUAAAAGAGAAUUCUAUCAACUUGGCAAACAGCUCAACUACAUUGACACCAAUCUUCAAUACAAAAUAGACACCAAAAAGUAUUUCCAAUACCAACCCAAAAACCAACAACACUUUAAAAUGUUUGAAUGCAAUGCCAGUGUUGGUGAACAAAAUAUAAAUGGCUCCUCUAUGCCAACUUUGUCAUUCUCAUCUUUAUCAUUUGAUGAUUAA